AUGGCGACGAAGGACUGGAGUGCCCAACAAUAUCUUAAAUUCGAGGCGGAACGCACGCGACCCUCGCGCGACCUUCUCGCGCAGGUUCCGCUCAAAUCUCCAAAGCGAAUCGUCGACCUAGGUUGCGGACCCGGCAAUUCAACGGCUGUCUUGCUUUCUCGGUAUCCCGGGUCUCACGUUACAGGGAUAGACUCGUCCCCAGACAUGAUCCGGAAAGCAAGAUCCGCCAUUCCAAAUAUCGAGUUCACUGUACAAGACUUGACGGCUUAUUCGCCCGACGAGCCAGUUGAUUUGUUCUUCUCCAAUGCCGUUUUCCAGUGGCUGUCCCGGUCGGAUCGGAUCAGCGUGAUGAAAAAAUUGAUUCAGUCGCAGCCGUCCGGGGGGGUGUUCGCCUUUCAAGUCCCGGAUAAUCUUAUGGAACCAUCUCAUGCCGCUAUGCGGGAGACCGCCGCAGAUGGUCCGUGGGCAAAGACGCUGAGCACAGCUGCGAGGGACACAUUCCAGUCACCGCAGGAAAUCUAUGAUGAACUCCAACCUUUAUGUUCUGCCGUGAAUAUGUGGCACACGCAUUAUUACCAUUCACUCGAGGGGCACGAGGCUGUGAUGGAAUGGGUUAAGGGGACCGGGUUGCGGCCGUUCAUCGAUCCAUUGUCUCCGGCAGACCGAGAUGCCUUUUUGAAAGACUACCUGAGCCGCUUGGAGAAGCUAUACCCGAAAUCUGUCGAUGGGAGGGUUCUACUGCGCUACCCACGCCUGUUCGUGGUUGCCGUUCGAGAGUAG